CCUUGUAAAUACUGUUAUUUGUAUAUACUGUAAAUGAUGACAUCGGUGGGCACUAACCGAGCCCGGGGGAACUGGGAGCAGACACAGACACAGAGCCAGACACAGCACAAGCAGCGGCCGCAGGCCACUGCGGAACAGAUUCGACUUGCACAGAUGAUUUCGGACCACAACGAUGCUGACUUCGAGGAGAAGGUGAAACAACUGAUCGACAUCACAGGCAAGAACCAGGAUGAGUGUGUGAUUGCUCUGCAUGACUGCAACGGAGAUGUCAACAGAGCCAUCAACGUGCUGCUGGAGGGCAAUCCGGACACGCAUUCCUGGGAAAUGGUCGGGAAGAAGAAGGGUGUCUCAGGACAGAAGGAGAGUGGACAGACAGAACCCAGUGAAGAAAGCAAAGAAAACCGGGAGAGGGAUCGGGAUUUCAGCAGACGACGUGGCGGGCCACCGAGGCGGGGGCGAGGUGCCAGCCGUGGAAGAGAGUUUCGGGGCCAGGAGAAUGGACUAGACGGUGGUAAGAGUGGAGGAUCUUCUGGAAGAGGCACAGAAAGAGGGAGGCGGGGACGUGGCCGAGGCCGAGGUGGCUCUGGAAGGCGAGGGGGAAGAUUUUCUGCCCAAGGCAUGGGAACUUUCAACCCGGCUGACUAUGCUGAGCCGGCUGGCACGGAUGAGAACUACGGGAAUAGCAACAACAACACGUGGAACAACACUGGCAGCUUUGAGCCGGAUGAUGGCACAAGACUUGAUUUCAUUGGGGGUGAGGGGUCAAAUUAUCCCCGAAAAUUUGACACUGCUCCUGGUGCGUGGAGGGCAGCGACAGAAGAAUGGGGCACGGAGGACUGGAAUGAAGAUCUGUCUGAGACAAAGAUCUUCACCGCCUCCAAUGUGUCUUCAGUGCCUCUGCCUGCUGAGAAUGUGACAAUCACAGCUGGACAGAGAAUCGAUCUUGCAGUUCUGCUAGGAAAGACGCCCUCUUCUAUGGAGAAUGAGUCAACGAGCCUGGAGUCAUCCCAGGCUCCUUCCCUGGCCCAGCCGCUGGUGUUCAGCAAUUCCAAGCAGAGUGCUAUAUCCCAGCCUGCCUCUGGUAACUCCUUCUCUCACCACAGCAUGGUGAGCAUGCUGGGGAAAGGGUUUGGAGAUGUCGGGGAGGCCAAAGGCAGCAGUACCACAGGUUCUCAGUUCCUGGAGCAGUUCAAGACAGCCCAGGCUCUGGCUCAGCUGGCUGCUCAGCACACCCAGCCUGGUGGGAGCACCUCUGCUUCUUCUUGGGACAUGGGAUCCACUACGCAGACCUCGUCUCUUGUGCAGUAUGAUCUCAAGAACCCAACAGACUCUUCUGUGCAUAGUCCCUUCACCAAACGUCAGGCCUUCACGUCAACUUCAACCAUGAUAGAAGUGUUCAUGCAGGAGAAACAGCCUGUGGUGACUGCCUCCACAACCGUGCCGGCACCCCCUUCCUCGCCGCUGCCCAGCAAAACCAAUCCUGUUCCCCAGAUGUCCCCAGGGUCCUCGGACAACCAGUCCUCCAGUCCCCAGCCAGCACAGCAGAAGCUGAAGCAGCAAAAGAAGAAAGCAUCGUUAACAUCAAAGAUUCCUGCGCUUGCGGUGGAAAUGCCUGGCUCAGCAGAUAUCUCAGGGCUAAACCUGCAGUUUGGGGCGUUACAGUUUGGUUCGGAGCCUGUUCUCGCGGAGUACGAAUCAACGCCCACAACAAGUGCCGCUGUUAGCCAAUCUCAAAGCAGCCUGUACACCAGCACGGCUAGUGAAUCUUCAUCCACAAUUUCGUCCAAUCAAAGUCAGGAGUCUGGUUACCAGAGCGGCACAAUACAGACAGCAACGUUUACCUCCCAGAACAGCGCUCAGGGACCACUGUACGAACAGAGAUCCACCCAGACGAGGCGAUACCCAAAUUCAAUCUCCUCCUCGCCCCAGAAAGAUCUGACCCAGGCCAAGAAUGGUUUCAGUUCUGUACAACCCACGCCAUUACAAACCACACAGGCCGUUGAAGGUGCUACAGGCCCCGCAGUGAAAUCCGAUUCCCCCUCUGCUCCCAGUAUCACACCUCUCAACGAUGGGGUAUCUGCAUCGUCCUUGCUGACGACAGCCAGCCAACACUCAACAGCUCUGAGCAGCCUGAGCCACAGUGAGGAACUCCCCAGUACAACCACCGCCCAACACAGCAGUACGUUACCUACCCAGCAGAACAGUCUGUCCUCAUCCACAUCCUCUGGGCGAACGCCAACUUCAACUCUUCUGCACACAAGUGUAGAGAGUGAAGCAAGCCUCCAUUCUUCUGCUAGCACUUUCUCCACCUCCUCCAGCACAGUAUCAGCCGCCCCACCAGUCGUAAGCGUUUCAUCCAGUCUCAGCAGUGUCAGCAGCCUGGGCCUCAGCCUCAGUAGUAACUCCACGGUGACGGCCUCGACUCGCAGCUCUGUUGCAACAACAUCAGGAAAAGCCCCUCCCAAUCUCCCUCCUGGAGUCCCACCGUUGUUGCCUAAUCCAUACAUCAUGGCUCCAGGGUUGCUACAUGCCUAUCCGCCACAGGUGUAUGGAUAUGAUGACUUGCAAAUGCUCCAGACGAGAUUCCCGUUGGAUUACUACAGCAUCCCAUUCCCUACACCCACUACCCCGCUGACUGGAAGAGAUGGCAGCCUGAGCAGCAAUCCAUACUCUGGUGACUUAACAAAAUUUGGCCGAGGUGAUGCCUCUUCCCCCGCUCCUGCAACGACUUUGGCCCAGCCUCAGCAGAGCCAGACCCAGACUCACCACACCACGCAGCAGACGUUCCUGAACCCAGCGCUGCCUCCUGGCUACAGUUACACCAGUCUGCCGUACUACACAGGGGUACCAGGGCUCCCCAGCACCUUCCAAUAUGGGCCCGCCGUGUUCCCUGUUGCUCCUACCUCUUCCAAGCAGCAUGGUGUGAAUGUCAGCGUCAACGCAUCAGCAACCCCGUUUCAGCAGCCCAGUGGCUAUGGCUCUCAUGGAUACAGCACUGGUGUAUCUGUGACAUCCAGUAAUACAGGAGUGCCGGACAUCUCGGGCUCUGUCUACUCCAAAACUCAGCAAUCCUUCGAGAAGCAGGGAUUUCACACUGGAACCCCGGCAGCCUCCUUCAACCUGCCUUCGGCGCUGGGCAGCGGCGGCCCCAUCAACCCUGCGACGGCAGCGGCGUAUCCCCCCACCCCUUUCAUGCACAUCCUGACCCCGCAUCAGCAGCCCCACUCGCAGAUCCUCCACCACCACCUGCAGCAGGACGGGCAG